CAUUAAGCAAUAAGCCACACCCUCACAAUACAAAGACUUUUUAAGUAACUUAGUGUGUUUUAGCAAAACAUGGCUUCGUUUUGUUCUAGAUUAACUAUGAGUUUGGUUCUGUUUGUCCUCGUACUGGGGUGUGUCAAUGCACAACUUUCUACCGACUUUUACUACAGUUCUUGCCCAAAACUCCUCUCCACUGUGAGAUCCACAGUGCAAUCUGCCAUAUCAAAGGAGACCCGUAUGGGUGCUUCUCUCCUCCGCUUGUUCUUCCACGAUUGCUUUGUCAAUGGAUGUGACGGUUCUAUUCUUUUGGAUGACACAUCAAGCUUCACCGGGGAGAAGAACGCAAACCCCAACAGGAACUCUGCUCGUGGAUAUGAAGUCAUUGACAGCAUAAAAUCAGCCGUCGAGAAAGUGUGUCCAGGAGUUGUUUCCUGUGCAGAUAUCCUUGCCAUUGCCGCCAGAGACUCUGUUCAAAUCCUUGGAGGCCCUAGUUGGAAUGUUAAACUUGGAAGAAGAGAUGCUAGAACUGCUAGCCAAUCUGCUGCCAACAAUGGCAUUCCUGCACCUACUUCAAACCUUAACCAACUCAUCUCAAGAUUCAGUGCUCUGGGACUUUCCACAAAGGACUUGGUCGCCUUGUCGGGUGGUCACACAAUUGGACAAGCAAGGUGCACAAAUUUCAGAGCCCGCAUCUACAACGAGAGCAACAUAGAUACUUCAUUUGCCAGGACAAGGCAAUCAAGCUGCCCCAGAACAUCAGGGUCAGGGGACAACAAUCUGGCACCCCUUGAUCUUCAGACUCCGACCACAUUUGACAACUACUACUUCAGGAACCUGGUUCAGAAGAAGGGUCUUCUCCACUCUGACCAACAACUCUUCAAUGGUGGCUCCACUGACUCCAUAGUGCGUGGCUACAGCACCAACCCAAGCUCCUUUUCCUCUGAUUUUGUAUCCGCAAUUAUCAAGAUGGGAGACAUCAGCCCCCUCACUGGCUCCAAAGGAGAAAUCAGAAAGAACUGCAGAAGGAUUAACUAAGUUUCAAUAUUCAGGCUACUACACACACGCAACCAAUUCAGUUGUUUUUCAGAUAUGUGUGUAAUAAGUUGUUAAAACACGUUUAGCUCGUAUUUUCCAUUCAGUCUCUGCUUUGGUGUGUUCUACUUUCCUCUACUUUUCUUUCUUUUUACUAAGUUGUAGGGAAAAAAAGCCCUUGUGAAGGCUCAAGAACCAAGAUUGGUUUCAUGUACUAAGUUUGCUUUUCAUUUUCCCUUUAUAACAUAUUCCAUUCCAA